UUGUCAAACUCGCGAUGAAAUAUUUUGGAAAAAUUAGAAAGUAAUAAAUAACAAUUGAUCUGUUUAAUUAAGUUGUGUAUCUUAUAAUCAUUAUACUCUCUUCAGUAUAAAUGUCUAACUAUCAAGAGAUCGUAAACUUAAAUGUUGGUGGUACAAGAUUCGCGACAUCAUGGCAUACUUUGACCUGGGUACCAGAUACAUUUUUUACAGCCCUCCUCAGUGGUCGAAUACCCACGGUGCGGGAUGAGACUGGGGCUAUAUUUAUAGAUAGAGAUCCUAACCUAUUUGGUUUAAUUUUAAAUUUUUUAAGGACUAGAGACAUAGAUCUUAUUAACAUAAACAUAAGAGCACUGAGGCAUGAAUGUGAUUAUUUUGGCAUAACUCCACUUAGCAGAAGACUUGCACUAUGUGAUGAGAUGAACCAUUCAUCCUGUGGUGAUGUACUGUUUUAUGGAUAUCUUCCACCUCCCUUAAAUACAGCUCUUCCAAAUGGUAAUAAUGGUAGAAAUGCUAACAGUGUGUCUAGGAAGAACUCAACUGCAUCAAACACUGAAGUGGCAGCUAAUAGAACUCAUUCAAGAAAUUCCUCUUUGGAUUUACGUACUGUUGGAAGGAUACCUUCACAAGACCAAUUAAGUCGAUGUGGUAGAGGUCACUCAAGAGCAGCUUCACUUGGCAACACUGAUAGUCAUAAGGGAUUACGUCCACCAGAGAUAAACACCUGGCAAGAAAAUAUGAAAGUACAAAUAAUAAAAGCUCAUCACAAUUGGAUAGCCGUUGCAUAUACACACUUUGUUACUGGAUAUAGAUUGACUGAUUCAUGUGGCUGGUAUAUAAUUUUCCAAUCACCAGUUCAAGAUUCAGUGAUAGAACGAAUAGCACUCAAUGCCAAAACUGGUGGUGGUGCAACUUCUAGUGGCAACAAUUCAUCUGGCACUGAUGUGAUGCUUGGUAUAGCUAGUGGGCCACUUGUAAGAUUAUGGGCCUUUUCUACACACACUGAGCCAGUUCGACGGACAUUAAUAGGUACAUUUAAUCUGGGCGUCCGUGUGGAGCAUUUGCUCUUCGUGGGUCCGCAACUAGUGGCGCUCAGUGGUGCUGGCAGUAGAAGUAAAGCUGGUGUGUGGCAUACUAGUACUCAGCAUUGGCAGACCCAGGAUGUUGCACACCUUACAACAUAUGACACAGCAGGCUCUUUCUUAUUACUGGGAACAGCUACCGGGGCUAUUAAUUAUAUUGAUAUGCAAAAGUUUCCUUUGAGGAUGAAAGACAACGAUCUCUUAGUGACACAGCUUUACAAGGAUCCUAACCAAGAGCCAAUCACAGCUAUAUCAGUAUAUCUUACACCUAAAACAAAUUUAUGUGGCAACUGGAUAGAGAUAGCAUAUGGAACAAGGUACGGAUCAGUGCGUGUGAUUGUACAGCAUCCGGAAACAGUUGGUCAUGGACCACAAUUAUUCCAAACUUUUACCGUUCAUCAAAGUCCUAUCACUAAGGUAUCUCUGUCAGAGAACUACUUGAUAUCGGUAUGCAGCGAGUACAACCAUGUCAGAUCUUGGCGGGUCACUCGGUUCAGAGGAAUGAUCUCGACGCAGCCCGGAACGACGCCUAAAGCGGCGUUUAAGGUCUUAGCCUUGGAAGCGCCGACCGCUCAACCUCAUAAUGACUGUGGACCUUACGGUGAACAGGACGAGGAACAAAUAUUUAUACAGAAAGUAGUACCUGAUACAGACACUUUGUACGUCCGAUUAGCUUCAAAUGGUAAAAGAGUGUGCACCAUCCGCUCGGUGGACGCGUCGGCGGUGUCGUGCUUCGUGGUGGCCGAGUGCGAGGGCGCGCUGCGGCCGCGCCGCCUGCUGCUGUGCGGGCACCGCUCGGGCGCCGCGCAGAUGUGGGACCUCACCGCGCCCAUCGACAAGGCCGCCAAGCCCGCGCAGGCCGUCUCCGCCAACGGGGGGGCGGAGGGCGAGGAGUCCCCGGCGGCGGACGGCGGUCCCACUCCGGACGAGCUGGUGCGGCUGCUGUCGGCCUGCGACCUGGACGCGGCCCCGGCCGGCCCCGCACAGACGAACUCGCCCAACCGGCCCGUGCAGCCCUGAUCCCUCUGCCGAGUCUUGCUGGACACCAUGCUCGGUGUCUGCAUAUGAUAACCGAGUGGCCUCACUCGACCCGUAGGCAGCUGACCUCGUGAAUGAAGUCAAUCUGAAGGGUUUGAAAUUUGCACGAUGAUCUUUUUAUUAUUUCGAAUAUUCUUUAAUUAUACAAAUUGUGAAUAAUAUUUUGGUUCACGGAAAUUGUAUAAGACAGAGGGUCGGGUCUGGAUCGCUCGAUCGUGCUGGCAUUGAAAUGAUGCUAUAUAUUGUUUGUGAAAAUUUAUGUUUAGCUCAGUAAGUCCAUAUUCAUUUUAUGUUUAACAUUGUCAUGGACGGUCAACGACAAAAACAUAAAUAACCUAGUACUAAAGUAUGUGGCCCACUAUUUUGUAUUUAAUAUAAACUGAAUACACUUUUUACAUGUAUGUACCAAUCGAUGUUCAAUGAAAUGUACAUUUCACGUCAAAUAUAUUGUUUGUUUUGUUAUCACGAGUUAUAUUAUGAAUAUUAAGAUUAGUUCCUGUGAAUGUAUACAAUAGUUUGAAAUUUUAGCUGUAAAAAAUUUCAACGCUGACCGUACCAGGUAAGGGUCCGAAUUCAAUGAUGUUCGGUAAUAAUAUGUUUUGAAUCUCAUCAAACAAUAAGAUAACGUGAUUUAAUGAUUUACCUGCGGUUACUGAAACGCUAAUCAGCGCUAAAUUUACGAAAACUACUAUGUGAAUAGUGAUUGGUCGGUGACAGCGAAGGACGACAUAGGCGACCAAUGAGCGGUCUUUAUUUGUUUAAUUAGUUAACCUGACUUUGACCAACGUUUCAGAAAGUGAUGUCGAUAUUAUCUUCUCCCUUCGCAAUCUUCACUUUAAUAUAGAAAUUAAAAUAUCAAUUUGUUGUAGUUUUGAAACGUUUUAACGUUGUAACUUAGAGCUUACUGAUAACUAUGAAUUUUUGCAUUUUUUAAAAAAUAAUUAAAUGUUGCAACUUCAGGUACCUUUACAUACGUUGCUGUUGAUUAUUAUCAAUUUUCAUUAUUAUGAAUUUGACAAUGAUUGUUUAUACAGUUUAUAAUUAUUUAAGUAAAUUUAAUUAACACUCAGAAUUUUUAUAUAAUUACAUAUCGGGAUCAAAAUAAAAAAAUUAAAAACUGCGUUUAUGACACAUUCGUCAAGUUGAUAGUAAACAUUAUUAUUAAAUAUAUAAGACUGAUUUGGUUUGAGAACUCAAGAGUUGAAUAAAUACUCAUUUUAAAAAUUAUCUUUUUAUUUAUAUAAAGUUGAUUGAAUACAUUUGAAUUUAAAAAAAAAUAAAUAUCUAUGUGUAUUUUCAAAUUUCAAGUUAUAAUAAAAUUAAAAUCAUAUUAUAUAGUUACAUAUCUGUAUUUAUAGCAUAAAAUAUAUGUUGCAAUCAUUAUUAUUAAUAUACCUUGAAUUAAAUA